UUACGUACUUACAUUGUGUAUCAUUGUUUAGACUUGUAUUUCAAUCUCCAAUUGUUCUUUUUGCAAAUUUUUCAACUGUUUUUGUUCGGAUUUUUCUCUGGUUAGUACAAGAUCUGUAGCUGUCUGUUAAUAACCGACAGUCUCUCGUUUAAACGUUUCAAAAGUCGAUUGCACUUUUAUGUCCAGUUUUAUUCAUCGUGUUUUCAACAACUAUUGUUGUUGCGACGGAUUGUAUUUAGACAAGGAGGGCUGUAAACUUUUAUUUAUUGAACUUUGUGGGAGAAAACCAAACAAACAAGAAAUGGAGCUACUCAUAUCAUCUUUUGAUGCAUAUUUCAAAGGCGAGCCUGUUGGUCUAACAUUUUAUGGUCUUCUUUCUUCCAUUCAAAUACUCAAACAAAAUUUCCAGAUAGAUCUUUCGCACAGUGAAAAACAAAAAAGACUAUAUUUUGAUAGUUUGGAUCUCAGAUCAAAAAAUUUCGUUACUAUGCGGGAUUUAUGUCAAGUGUCGAGUAGAUACUUGCCAGCUCUAAAAUCUGGUUUGUUCCGAACCGUUUUCAAAGAGUUUGACCGAGAAUGUGACGACCGAGUUUCAUAUGAAGAUUAUUUGGUCACUACAGGAUGUGACUGGGAACCAGAAAGCAGUAUUCUUUAAGACAAUGGUGGAAAUCAAGUUGAUGUAAAAUUCGGUUGAUUUUUUAUCAUACCUAACGUUUUUCCAACAAAGUUGUGUCUAUACUUUCUUAAGGUGUCCGGAACAUCUGGUUGAAGCUCAAGGUUAUGAUAAAAGUCAGUUCAAUUACUACUAACAUGCAUAUCUGUUGAAGCGAUGUUGAUUAUUACUUUUUGUAUCUCACCAGUAGCAUUGCAUUUUUGCAGUCAUUUAUUUUACAUAAAAUAAGUACUGUUUUAUAGUUUUUUGUAGAUAGUUUAUUUCAGUUGAUAUUGGUAUAAUAUUUGGUUGCAGCUGGAUUUAUGUAAAUAAAGCAAUUAUUUUGAAA